CUCCCGAGCGCUGCGGGUUCGGCUAUGUCAUUCAGUCGCUCGCCCCCACUGCACCUCUUGCUUCGGUUUCUGUUUCUGUCUCUGACUCUGCCUCUGUCUCUACUCAAUUCACUCGGUAAUGUGCUUCUGUUCCUCGUGACCACAAUCCCAUUUUUUUGAAUCAUUUCCGCCCUGCCAUCCACCAUGACCGCAUUCCCGCCCCAUUUCUCGCCGCAGAUUGGUACCGCUGCAAACGACGACUUUGACUUCCACACGUCGCCGGCGCAUGAGCACACACUGGACCAUGGCACAAACCAAGAGCGACACAAUCCUCCGCCCUCAAUCAUCUCUCCCGCCUUUACCCCUCCAGCCACACCGGGGGUUUCGACUCCUUCGCAUCCCCGGCCACCCCGCUCUAUACCAGUCGAUACCUCGCUCCGCACCGACACCCCCCGCCCAGAUCUGUUGUCGCAACUCCCCAAGGUCGAGUGCGAGGUGCGCGCGCGCAUACCCACGACCACAGGACACGAAAUGUGGUUGCAUGUGUACAGAAACAAUGUCGAUACAAAGGAGCAUCUAGCAAUCGUCUUUGGCAACCAAAUACGCUCUCGUUCCCUCGACGCAGAACGCCCGGGAGAGACGGAGCUGGAUCGCAUGACUAGAGGCGCAUAUGUAGGCCGCCUGUAUCCGGGCAGAACCAGCUCGCGGGUCGAGCAGCUCAAGCGCGCGGAAGGUAUUCCGCCAAAACCCAUGCUGGACAGUAAAUUAGCCCAUAGCGACAAGACCAAUGGAUCCUUGUCUCCGGCCUCCGCUUCGUCGUCAGAGAACGGAGACGCUCCGCCCGUUUCCUCGUCACAACUACCCCUCGUACGCAUACACUCCGAAUGCUACACAGGCGAGACUGUCUGGUCUGCGCGCUGCGAUUGCGGCGAGCAACUUGACGAGGCUGCGCGCCUCAUGGCCGACCCAGCGCUGUCUCCUUCUGGCGGCGCCAUCAUCUAUCUCCGGCAGGAAGGCCGUGGCAUCGGCCUGGGCGAGAAGCUUAAAGCAUACAACCUGCAAGAUUUAGGAAACGACACCUAUGAAGCCAACAUAAUGUUGAGGCAUCCUGCAGACGCGCGCAGUUACGGCCUAGCUACAGCCAUGCUCAUGGAUUUGGGUCUGGACGGUGAUAGGGGAAUAAGACUCUUGACCAACAAUCCCGACAAAGUUCGAGCGGUUGAGGGCCCGAACAGAGAAGUCGUCGUCCGAGAGCGCGUGGCCAUGGUCCCACUAGCGUGGAAGACUGGGGGCAUGAAAGGAAUCAAGAGCGAGGAAGUAGAGAAAUAUCUGAGUACAAAGAUUGAAAAAUUCAAGCACAUGUUAGAUCAUAAAUAAUUGCAUGAAUAAUUUCAACACGUCAAAUUUCGCUUUUGCAUCAUGUAACUUGGAUGUGUUAGACCCAGGCGCACAUUGUUGACACUCAAACCACUCCAAAGACUUUCAGAAUGAAUAGAUCAUGCUCCAUUCUACGAUGCAUCACUUGAGAUCAGCACCACCUUACUACGCAGUUUGGCUUUUCUAUACCUUCCAGCCACUCUCCUAUAUCUAUUGCAAUCCCUGGACCUGCGGUAUGAUUGUACCAGCAUCAUUCAUAACUCCGAUAUUACGCAUUGAGUUCGUCAUCAGACUACUGCAGUAUGAGAUGACUGGAGCAUCAUGCUUUGGGUUGUAUGUAUAUAUCAAUGUAGCUAUUCAAUUCUCCGAUUGAAUACAGAAUAAGGCUUUGCUGUUCCAGUAAUUCAAGAUGUGACCCUUGAUAGAACUUUUUGUUUCUAUAGUUAUGUAGUAAUUGCGAUAUCCAAAAUUUAGCAUUGCGGUU